UCGGGCGGCCUGGCCAACCUCCCAGACUUGUUGGGCUGGGGCGUGCACCCACGGAGUGGCCUCGCCGGCCCCGCGCGCCCGGGGCUCCGGGAGACAGGCCAGGCCGAGAUGCGGCUGCUGCUGCUCGUGCCUCUGCUGCUGGCCCCGGCACCCGGGUCCUCGGCUCCCAGGGUGAGGCGGCAGAGUGACACCUGGAGCUCCUGGGGCAACUGGAGCCCUUGCAGCCGGACCUGUGGAGGGGGCGUCAGCUUCCGGGAGCGCCCCUGCUACUCCCAGAGGAGAGAUGGGGGCUCUGGCUGCGUGGGCCCCUCCCGGAGCCACCGCUCUUGCCGCCCCGAGAGCUGCCCCGACGGCGCCCGCGACUUCAGGGCGGAGCAGUGCGCUGAGUUCGACGGCCAGGAGUUCCAGGGGCGGCGGUACGAGUGGCUGCCCUACUACGGCGCCCCAAACAAAUGUGAACUGAACUGCAUUCCCAAGGGGGAGAGCUUCUACUACAAGCACAGGGAGGCCGUCAUAGACGGGACACCCUGCGAGCCUGGCAAACGGGACAUCUGCGUGGAUGGCAGCUGCCGGGUUGUCGGCUGUGACCACAACCUGGACUCGUGGAAGCAGGAGGACAAGUGUUUGCAGUGCGGGGGUGACGGCACGACCUGCUACCCCGUCACAGGCGUCUUUGAUGCCAAUGACCUCAGCAGAGGCUACAACCAGAUCCUCAUAGUUCCCGUGGGGGCCACCAGCAUCCGCAUUGAGGAGGCGGCCGCCAGCAGGAAUUUCCUGGCGGUGAAGAGCAUCCGUGGUGAUUACUACCUCAACGGGCACUGGACUAUCGAGGGCGCCCGGGCCCUACCUGUGGCCAGCACCGUCCUGCACUAUGAGCGGGGAGCUGAGGGGGACCUGGCGCCCGAGCGGCUCCACGCCCGCGGCCCCACCUCGGAGCCCCUGAUCGUCGAGCUCAUCAGCCAGGAGCCCAACCCUGGCGUGCACUUCGAGUACCACCUGCCCCUGAGCACCCCCCGGCCCGGCUUCAGCUGGAGCCACGGCUCGUGGGGUGACUGCAGCGCCACGUGUGGUGGAGGUCAGCAGACCCGCCCGGUGUUCUGCACCAUCGACAAUGAGGUCUACCCCGAACACCUGUGCCGGCACCGGCCGCGGCCGGCUGACCGCCGACCCUGCAGCCCUCAGCCCUGCCCACACACCAAGCGCUGGAAGAUGGGGCCCUGGACGCCCUGCUCGGCCUCCUGUGAGGGCGGCUCCCAGUCCCGCACCGUCUACUGUGUCUCAUCUGAUGGCGCCGGCGUCCAGGAGGCUGCUGAGGACGCCGAGUGUGCGGCCCUGCCUGAGAAGCCCCCUACCACGCAGGCCUGCAACCUGCAGCGCUGCACAGCCUGGAGCGCGGAGCCCUGGGGCGAGUGCUCUGUCAGCUGCGGCCCCGGGGUCCGGAGGCGGACCAUCACCUGCCGGGGUGACGAGGGGUCUCUGCUCCACGCCACAGCGUGCUCCUUGGAGGACCGUCCCCCCCUCACUGAGCCCUGUGUGCAUGACAGCUGUCCCCCCCUCAGUGACCAGGCCUGGCACGUAGGCGCCUGGGGCCUAUGCUCCAAGAGCUGCAGCUCGGGCACUCGGAGGCGCCAGGUGGUCUGUGCCAUUGGCCCGCCCGGCCACUGCGGGAGCCUGCAGCCAUCCAGGCCUGCGGAUGUGGAGCCCUGUAACACGCAGCCCUGCCAUCUUCCUCCAGAAGUCCCCAACAUGCAGGACAUGCACACCAGCCCCAGGGACCCGUGGAUGUCUCUGGGCCCACGGGAGGCCCCCGCCUCAGAUUUCAGAGACCAGUGGUGGGCACCCCAGGAGCAACCCUCAGCUCAGGGUAACCCCAGAGGCGACCAGAGCCCACACCUGCCAGCCCCGGGCCCAGCCCCAUCUCUGCGGCACUCCUCACACCGGCAGCCCCUGCGGUCUGGCUUGGCGCCCCGUGACUGCAGACACAGCCCCCAUGGGUGCUGCCCCGAUGGCCACACUGCGUCUCUUGGGCCGCAGUGGCAAGGCUGCCCGAGGGCCUCAUGUCAGCAGAGCAGGUGGGCGCCUCUUCCUUCUCCCCAGGUCCAAGAGGGAAGGUUCGGGUGCUGCCCUGACGGGGUGUCUGUGGCUGAGGGGCCCCAUCAGGCUGGCUGUGCGAGCACUUAUGGACGCGACAACCCCGGGAGCAGGCCACGGACGAGAGAGGUGGCUUCCACAGCCCAGCAGAAUGAGCCCAGUGAGUGCCGGGGCUCCCAGUUCGGCUGUUGCUAUGACAACAUGGCCUCCGCGUUGGGCCCUCUUGGGGAAGGCUGUGUGGGCCAGCCCAGCUACAUGUACCCCGUGCGGUGCCUACUGCCCAGCGCCCAUGGCUCCUGCAUGGACUGGGCCGCCCGCUGGUACUUCAUCGCCUCCGUGGGCCAGUGUAACCGCUUCUGGUAUGGUGGCUGCCAUGGCAACGCCAAUAACUUUGCCUCGGAGGAGGAGUGUGUGAGCAGCUGCCGGGGACCCCAACAUGAGCCCCGCCGACACGACCCUGGGGCCUCUGGCCAAAGCACCCAUAGAGACAGUGGCGGCAGCGGUCCUGGGGGCCAGCAGGAGGCCAGCCAGCACGGGACGGAGCCUGUGGUCCAGAGAAAGCCCUCGCCUUCCGGUGGCCUGUGGUGGCGAGAUCAAGAGCCUGGGCCGGGGGCCAUGGACCACAGACAGGCCUUUGGAGAGGGGCCCCAGGGCCAGGAGCUUGGGCCCAGUGCCCCUGUACUGGGCGGAGACGCAGGACCACCAGCGCCACCUUCUCACAGCUCCUCCUACAGGAUCACCCUGGCAGGCUCAGAGCCCUCCCUGGUACAGGUGGCCCUGGGGCAGCUGGUGCGGCUCUUCUGCCCAGAUGACAGCUCCCUGGACCCCCACGCCAGGUGGCAGAAAGACGGGCGGCCCAUCUCCUCUGCCAGGCACCAGCUGCAGCCCGAUGGCUCCCUGGUCAUCAGCCCCCUGUGGGCAGAGGAUACUGGCACCUACAGCUGUGGCAGCACCAGGCCAGACCGUGACUCUCAGAAGAUCCAGCUUCGCAUCACAGGGGGUGACGUGGCUGUGCUUCCUGAGGCUGAACCAAGGCACUUCCCUCAGACCAGGGACCCAGCCCAAGGCCACAGUCCUCGGGACCGCAGCCUAGGGGGCGGUUCUGGGGGCCGGGGGGCCGUCUCCUCCUCGCACCCACGGCCCACAAGCAGGCUGCGUCUGGACCGGCACCAGCCUGGGGUGGUGGACGCCCAUCCAGGCCAGCGGAUCCGGCUGACCUGUCGUGCCGAGGGCUUCCCACCGCCAAGUGUCGAGUGGCAGAGAGAUGGGCAGCCCCUCUCUUCCCCCAGACACCAGCUGCAGUCCGAUGGCUCCCUGGUCAUCAGCCGCGUGGCUGUGGAAGAUGGAGGCUUCUAUACCUGUGUUGCAGUCAACGGGCAGGACCGAGACCAGCGCUGGGUCCAGCUCAGAGUUCUGGGGGAGCUGACAAUCACAGGGCUGCCCUCUACGGUGAUGGUGCCAGAAGGUGACACGGCCAGGCUGCUGUGUGCGGUGGCGGGCGAAAGCGUGAACAUCAGAUGGUCCAGGAACGGGCUGCCGGUGCGGGCCGACGGCCACCGUGUCCACCAGUCCCCGGAUGGCACGCUGCUGAUCCACAACCUGCGGGCCAGGGACGAGGGCUCCUACACGUGCAGCGCCUACCGGGGAAGCCAGGCGGUCAGCCGCAGCACCGAGGUGAAGGUGGUCCCGCCAGCACUGGCCACCACGCCGAGGGACCCCGGCAGGGAGUGCAUCGACCAGCCGGAGCUGGCCAACUGUGAUUUGAUCCUGCAGGCCCAGCUCUGCGGCAAUGAGUACUACUCCAGCUUCUGCUGUGCCAGCUGUUCCCGGGUCUGGCCUCCCGCUCAGCCCAUCUGGCAGCAAGGAUACAACUCAUAGGGCUGGGAGAAGGGAAGACAGGCUCUCGGUCUCCCCUGUCUGGCCGGCAAAGGGAGUUCUCUGGAGACACUGGCCUCUUCAAAGCUGCUCCAGCUGUAGAGCACCAGCGGCAGCCUCCCUCUGUAGUCCCAGCAGUGUUUGCUUCUCUGACGUACCACACGUGCCUGCUGAGUUGUCAAGAAGCAUCAUCUAUUUGGAUAAGGACACCCUUCACUUUACAACUUCCCUCUAUAAUUUGUUACACAGGAUCAGUUCACUGUGUUUUAAAGGAAGCUACCAGGGUUCUCACUUCAUUUAAAUCUGUGUGGGGAGGUGUGUAAUGAUCUCAAAGUGUAUCUUCUACGGGAACACUAACUCCUGUUGUGUCAGGGAAGCAUUCUUUGCUAGAACUAGGUCUCAUCUGGGGUCCAAACAGUGGUUCAUUGCUCUAGUCUCUCUCGCCCUUCUAGGUAGUAUAGCAACCAGCUUCAAAUCCCGUCUGUGCGUACGGUUAACAGCUUGAUGUUUGUGAAAACCGUCGACAAAGUGGAAUAUAAAUGAAAGGCUCAGUAUAGGGACUUGGGAUGAAAGAGCAGCCACUGCAUCAUUAUCUGAGUGAGUAUGAAAGAACUAGAAAAGCUCCUUCCUUUCAUCAAGAGGCUGGAGCCCUCCUCCCGAGGCGGACAUGCAAAGCCAAGCCGUGAGGCUCGUCUCACACCUGCAUGGAGCAGGUGGGCCUGUUCGGUGCAGUGACCAACAAGGAGCCUCUCCUCCUCAAGCCAGAAUCUGUGAUGCAAAAUACUUGAUGCCAGAUAAAAACCAGACUGUUGGGCUUCGCUGGUGGUGCAGUGGUUAAGGAUCCGCCUGCCAAUGCAGCAGACGCGGGUCUGAGCCCUGGUCCAGGAAGAAGAUCCCACAUGCCGCAGAGCAACUAAGCCCACGAGCCACAACUACUGAAGCCCAUGCGCCUAGAGCCCGUGCUCCGCAACAAGAGAAGCCACUGCAACGAGAAGCCCGCGCACCGCAACGAAGAGUAGCCCCUGCUUGCUGCAACUAGAGAAAGCCUGCGUUGUAGCAACAAAGAUCCAACUCAGCCAAAAAUAAAUAAUUAAAUAAAACAAAAA